AUGAAUUUUGAAUUUGAGAGGGAGAUUGGGUUUAUAAACAGCCAGCCAUCGCUCGCCGAGUGUCUGACUUCCUUCCCCGCUGUCUUGGAGACAUUUCAAACUUCAUCAAUCAAGGAGUCGACAUUAAUUCCUCCUCCUCCUCCUUUCGAGCAAACCUUCCCCAGCCUCCAGCCCGGCGCCUCCACCCUUCAGAGACCCAGGAGCCAAAAGCGAGGCGAAGAUGGGCCCGCUCUGCCGCCGCCGCCGCCGCUCCCCGCCGCCCCCUUGGUCCCCGAGUUCCCCUGGAUGAAAGAGAAGAAAUCCGCCAAGAAACCCAGCCAAUCCGCCUCGUCUCCUCCAGCCGCCUCCUCCGUUUCGGCCUCCGGGGUCGGAUCGCCAGCAGAUGGUCCGGGACUGCCGGAGGCCGCCGGCAGCGGGGCGCGCAGGCUGCGCACUGCUUACACCAACACGCAACUGCUGGAGUUGGAGAAGGAAUUCCACUUUAACAAGUACUUGUGCCGGCCGCGCCGCGUGGAGAUCGCGGCCUUGCUGGACCUCACCGAGAGGCAAGUCAAGGUGUGGUUCCAGAACCGGCGCAUGAAGCACAAGCGGCAGACGCAGCACCGCGAGCCGCCCGACGGGGAGCCGGCCUGCCCAGGCGCCCUGGAGGACGCCGGCGAGCCAGCCGACGAGCCCGCGGCCAGCCCUGGCCGCCCCUCCGCCUCCCGGCCGGCGCGGGAAGCCUGCUGUCACCCGCCCGAGGUCGCGCCGGCCCUCCCGGGCGCCCAGGGCCCCCAGCCUUUGACCGCUCACGUGGGGGGUAGUUUGCGCGCGGCCGCCAGGCUGGAGCCCGAGCCGUUGCCCGAAGACGCCUUCCCCGAGCGGCAGGAUUCGCCUUUCCUGCCCGAUCUCAACUUCUUCGCGGCCGACUCCUGUGUCCAGCUGUCCGGAGGCCUGUCCCCCAGCCUGCAGGGCUCGCUCGACAGCCCGGUUCCCUUUUCCGAGGAAGAGCUGGAUUUCUUCACCAGCACCCUCUGUGCCAUCGACCUGCAGUUCCCCUAACCUGUUUCCUCCUCCCGGCCGCUUCGACCCCCGUCCCCUCGUCCCGUCUGCUGGAAAACCCGAGGACCCCCCCUCCCCCAAGUCGCUUAGACUUCUUUCUGUGUUUUGCUAAAAUUCAGGUAUUACUGAAUUCGUGUUUAAUCCAUAUCCUUUCGUUCCUCUCUAAAAUAUGGGGCACUCGGGUGUCUUUUUAAAACACACAGACAAAUUCCGUUCGGUAGACUCCUUCCAACGAAAUCUCAGGAAUAAUUAAACUCUUGGGGGGGGGCUUUCUUAAAAAAGAACUAGAGGAACUUGUUUUCCUCUCUUUUUAAGUUUUAGACCCGUAGAUUAUUUAUUGAAAUUCUUUAAUAAUAGGAAAAGGGGAAAGUAUUUAU